CUCUUGUCUUACUUUAAUUGUAACUUUUUCAUUGUGACUCAAGUCUCUCUCUCUCUCUCUCUUUCUUUGUUUCGUUUUUCUGUUUAUCGUUGCUAAUUAAUUGCAAUUACUAAUUAACUUUUCUUACCAUGGCUCCUGUUAUUGGUUAUUGGAAUAUCAGAGGUUUGGCCCAACCCAUUCGUCUUCUUCUUUCUUACAAAGAGGCUGUUUUCGAAGACAAACGUUAUAAUUAUGGACCCGCUCCUGAUUUCAGCAGAGAAGAAUGGAAUAAAGAAAAGUUCACCCUUGGCUUAGCUUUCCCUAAUCUUCCCUAUUUCAUCGAUGGUGAUACAAAGUUAACUCAAAGUAAAGCGAUCAUUAGACAUCUUGCUCGCAAGUAUGAACUGGAUGGUCAAAAUGAGGCUGAAAAACAACGAAUUGACCAGAUCACUUAUGAGUUGACUGAUAUGUUCAGUUCAUUUACCUCAAUGUGUUACAAUCCUGAUUUUGAUAAACUCAAACCUGAUUAUAUCAAAGGUCUUCCAGAAAAAUUGAAAUCGUUGGCUCAAUUUUUAGGCGAGAAUAAGUUCGUUGCAGGAGAGCACAUCUCAUUUGCUGACUUUAUUCUAUUCGAAUUUCUUGACCAGCACCUUUUCUUACUUCCAAAUUGUCUCAAUGAGUUUCCAAACUUGAAAGAUUUUCAUACCUCAUUCAAAGCCUUACCAAACAUUGAUAAAUACAUGAAAAGUGACCAAUAUAUUAAGUGGCCUCUCAAUGGUGAUCGAGCAAAAUUCGGAAGUCGACACAAUCCUCCGGAGGAGUAAAGAAGAUUCUUGACGGAAACACUUAACAUUCCAAUGGAAAAAGAAAUAACCAAAAUAUCUCAAAGUAUAAGUGACGUCAAUUGAAAACGAAUCAACAAAAGAAAGAAAAACAUCUUGUUAAAAUGUCCAUGUUCUCAUGAAAGAAAGAAGAAAAUUCUUUCGUUACAGAAUUUCACAUAAAGUUUUCUCAAUAA